AUGAUAGAGCGGUGGCGAUCGGAGACGCACACGUUUCAUCUACCCAUCGGCGAGGCUACCAUAACACUAGAGGAUAUGGAGGUUCUUUUCGAGCUGCCCGUUGAUGGUAUACAUGCAGCUUACCCGCAUGCUCUCAUAGACUAUACGGGAGAGGAUUACCUUCAUAUGUUGCAGUGGCUCACCGAUUUCCAGCCUGCGGAGCCGACUACGUUGAGUGAGGCUUGUCGAUUGCAGCUGACGCCCGUUAGGCAACAUCUGGUGGCGAUGGACGUGGAGAUUACUGAUGAUUCACCGCCAGAGGAUAUCGACCGGCACAUGAGGCUGUUGCUGCUGAUGAUGCUUGGUGGUAUAUUGUUCCCGAACACUUCGAGAAACCUAGUCAGCUUGCUAUUUCUACAUCAUCUGGAGCGGUUAGAUGAUUUAUCUGGUUAUAGCUGGGGUGCAACUGUUCUAGCUUACCUGUAUAGGCAGAUAUGCCAGGCGUGCAUGGAAAACCAGAGAGACGUUGCCGGUUUUAUACCGUUACUGCAGGUUUGGGUAUGGGAGGGGUUUCUACAGUUCCAGCCACCUCUGCCACCGAUAACUCCGGAUACACCACCUCCACCAUUUCUCCCGCUAGCUUGGAGGUGGGUUGAUAGGCGAGGCCAUGCCCGCAAGGUCGAGGCUCGGCAUAAUCUCCCUUAG